UUUCCUGGGCGGUGGCGGCCGUCGCGGGUGGGGGGUUGGGGAUGAGGAGGUAGUCCGGCCCCCCCCCCCAAGAGCUUCUCUCUCGCCCACGCGGUCGUGAAAAUCCGGUCCCGGGAUCCGGGGCGGCUCCCGCUCCUUAACACCGAGCCUCCCGCUCUGCGACCACACUCGCGCACAGUGAGUGCCGUUCACUUUGAGAGCCGGGGGGGGGAUCGCACCACGCUCCAGCGGACCGCACCGGAUCGGAGUCACACGUGAGUUCCAUAUGCCGACCUGCGUGACGAGGUAGGACGGUUUGCGGCAGGAGGAGGAGGCAGAGGAAGGGACCCACGGCAGGGCCCUUGGCUAUGCUCGGUGACCACUGCGUUCUUCUACGCAACACCUAGGGUGGUGAGGAGGGUGGUGAGGAGGGUGGUGAGGAGGGUGGUGAGGAGGGUGGUGAGGAGGGUGGUGAGGGGAGAGCAGCAGGGGAGAUGGGUACCGUGCCGGCACUGGCGCUAGUGCUGGGAGCGCUGUGCGUGGCCGCCCAGGGGCCGGUGGUGCCCCGAGUCAGCUUCUCCUACGAAGAGCUGGCGCAGGAGGCGGCGAUGAGUUUCCACGCCGUGCCCAACGCGUCGGCGCUGCUGCUGGUGCCGCAGCGCUCGGCGCUCUACGUGGGCGCGCGCGACGCCAUCCUCGCCCUGGACGCCCGCAACGUCUCCCGCGAGCUCCACCCCGCCCUCUCCUGGAAAGCUGAAAGCCAAAUGGGCAUGUGUCAGUCGAAGAGGAACAGCCAGAGGGAGUGCUUCAACUUCGUGCGGGUGCUGCACCACCUGAACGGCACGCAGCUGUACGCGUGCGGCACCGGCGCCUUCCAGCCCAAGUGCGCCUACAUCAACGUGGCCGACUUCUCGUUUGUGAAAAAGCCUGGAGGGAGCGUGAUGGAGGAGGACGGCAAGGGCAAGUGCCCCUUUGACCCCGAGCAGAGGCACACCUCGCUCAUGACCGGCGGCGAGCUCUAUUCGGGCACGGGCAGCAACUACCUGGGCAGCGAGUCGGUGGUGCAGCGGAGUCCCAGCAGCAUGUCCAGCGAGCUGUCGAGCAGCUGGCUCUACAACCCGACGUUCGUGGCGUCGGAGUUUGUGAACGAGAGCGAGUCGCGGGAGCAGGACGACAAGGUCUACUUCUUCUUCUCGGAGACGGCCGUGGAGUUCGACUUCUACUCCCGGGUGGUGGUGCCGAGGGUCGGGCGCGUCUGCACGGGUGACAAGGGCGGCCUGAAGAAGCUGGAGAAGAAGUGGACGUCGUUCCUCAAGUCGCGGCUCGACUGCUCGCUGGGAGAGACGGCGUUCACCGGACUCCGGCACGUCGUGUCGACCCGCGGCCUCCGUGGCUGGCCCGACACCGUGUUCUACGCCCUCUACACGGACCACAGGGGCGGCGGCGCCGUCUCGGCCGUCUGCUCGUACCGCAUGGACGAGGUGCAGCGCGUCUUCUCCGGACGCUUCAAGCACCAGGGAGGGGCCGACCAGCGGUGGGCCCCCUACGCGGGGGCCCUGCCCGCACGACGGCCCGGACACUGCCCCCUGGGCUGGGACUCGCAGACGCUGCCCUCCGAGACGCUCAACUUCAUCUCCAACCACCCGCUGAUGGACGAGGCGGUGAAGGCCGAGGGGGGCCGGCCCUGGCUGCUGGUGCCGGGAGUGGCCUACAGCCGCCUGCUGGUGGUCGACGUGGCGGCGCUGAACGGCACGAGCUGGAGGACGCUGCUGCUGGGCACAGACACGGGCGCGCUGCACCGCGCCGUGCUGCCGGAGUCGCGCGGAUCUCCUCACCUGGUGGAGGCGCUGCAGGCGCUGGGGCAGCAGGAGCCGGUGCUGUCCAUGGUGCUGACCCACGACCAGACCUCGGUGGUUGUGGCCGGCCCCGCGGGGGUGGUGCAGCUGCCCGUGUGCCGCUGUGGCCGCUACGGCGCCUGCUGGGACUGCGUGCUGGCGCGGGAUCCCUGCUGCGCCUGGGACCCCCAGCGGAGGCUGUGCAGGCGUCACGGCGGGGAGACCGGCACCGGGUCGUGGCUGCAGGACGUGAGCGGUGGGGACGCGACGACGCUCUGCUCCGCUCACCCGCCAGACGUGGUGGCCGUCCGCGUGCCGCUGGCGCCGGUGCUGCUGCUGCCCUGCUCUCCCCCCUCCCGCCUGGCGCGCCUCUCCUGGGAGCGAGACUCGGGCCCGGCCCCGGGGCAGCCGCUGCCCCCGCCCGAGGCGGGGCUGCUGCUCCGCCAGGGCGCCCCCCCGGCCCCCCAGGAUCUCACGGGCACGUACCUGUGCUGGGCCGAGGAGGGCGGCCACCGGCGCCUCGUGGCCAACUAUACCGUGCAGCUUCCGGGCUCUUCCUCCUCCUCCUCGUCCACCACCACCACCACCUCCUCCUCCUCCUCCACAACCAAGCGGAAGUCGAACAGGCAGCCGGUGUGGCCGGACCCAAUGACGAGCGCCGCGGCCACGUCGGAGUCGGCGCACGUCGUGCCCGGCAAAGACGCCUCCACGUCCAAUUCCCCGCCGGGGUUCGGCCCGGGGUUUUUGGUCGGGCUGCUGGUGACGGCGGUGCUGACGGCAGUGGCGGUCGCCGUGAAGAGGCGCUUCUUCCCAAAAGCCGCCUUCCCGUGCUCGCCCAGCGCGGCCGAUGCCGCCGACGCGUCGCCCGCGCGGGCGGCCGCGGCCUCGUCGUCCAACGGCAGGGCGACGACGGAGCCCGAGCGGGGCGGGCAAAACGGCGACAACGGCGGCGGCCCCGGCAACAACAACGCCAACGGCAACAACAACGUCGCGGGGCGGGCGGGCGGCGACGGUGCGGGCGACGCGCGCGGAGGCGGGGGGGAGGAGGGCGACGAGGAGGAGACGCAGAAACCGCUGCUCAUGCGGCUCGAGUCGCUGCAGCGCAGCUCCGAGGCGUGACGGCGGCACGGGGAGACGCCGAGGCCGCCGCAACACGCGGGGCGGCGGCGGCGGGGGGAAGUGCGCAGGCCACUCACUGUGGUGGUGGUGGUGGCGGACGUGAGACCGCCGCAAGCGAUGGGCUCCCUCGUCACGAAGGGUG